GAGAGAGGGGAGGGUGCGGUUAGCCAGCUUUAAAAGAGAGGGAAGAAGCAGAGAAAGAAAGAAAGAGAUAUAAUUAAAGUGAAGUUCAUCUGAAUUGCAGAGAUAUUCCCCUGUAAGGUCUCAAAAUAAUGCCCAGCCAAGGCUUCCUCAGAGCCUGCCCGCUGUUUCUCCCCCUCGCCCUCCUUCUUUCCCUGCGGACGGACAGCAUCGCCGGCGCUGCCGAGGAAACCAAACCGGAGACCGGCAGCAGCAGCGCCAGCGGCAGCACUGCCCCGCCGACCACCCUCCUGCGCCGCGUCCUGAUCCAGUACGGCUGGGACUACGGCGACGAAGGGGAUCCCGGCGAGGGGGGUGACCCGCCCCCCGACGGCGGAGCCUCUCUUGAAACCCGCCCCCCAGGCCCGCCCCCCCUGCCCUGCGACUACCAGCUCUGCAGAGACGGGCAGGUGCCGUGCAGCGAGCUGAGCCGGGAGAAGCAGUGCUUGUGCCCCGGCGUCUCUCUCUCCAGCGUGGCUCCGGAGCCGCCGAAUUUGCUGGAGGUCAGCCAGCAAGACCGGGCGGCGGUUCGGGUGCACUGGUGCGCCCCUGCGUCCACGGUGGACCGUUACCAGAUAACUUACCACGGGAGGGAAACCGAACCGGGAGGGGGCGGGUCAGGCGAACCGCGCACUGUGGAGUUUGGAAACCGGGUCAGGAUCGCGGUUCUGGACGGUCUGGAGCCCGGGUUGACGUACCGCAUCUGCGUUCGGGCCGUGAACAAGGCGAACUCCGGUUCGGCCGACCCGGGCGGCUCUUCGGCUUGCUCCGAUUACGCGCUGCAGCCCCCGCACCGCGUGUAUUUGUACGCAGGGCUGGCAGGGGGCGCUGUCGUGCUGUUGGUAGCAGCGCUGAGCGUCCUGGCGUCCCGGCGUUGCCGUGCCAACGGGCGAGCCGGCAGGGACGCGAUGGGAUUGGCUAACCCGAGCUACAGCCGGGGCAGCGUGGACAUGCUGACCAGCUGAAUGGGGCUCGCUGAGAGAAAGCAACGCAGACAUGCAUUAUUCUAUCAAGUGUAAAAGAAAGAAAAUAUUUUUUUAAAAAUACUUUUUAAAUAGCUCAAACUUACAAAAAAAAACUGCAGUUACACUAUAUGUCCACUAGGUUGCACUGUGUCCUAUGGCAAAACAUUAUUGAUGCGCUUUGCAAUGGUAUUGCAUACCCAAUGGGAGAUAUUGUAAUGUCGCUUUCCAGCCACUAGAGGCACUGUGCGCUAUACAAAAAUACCCGCAAUCAAAUACAAUGUAAUUCAUAUCCAGCGGUGUGAGCGCCAGCGCGCUGUAAUUAAUACUCGGUCUCUAUGCAGAUCUUUAAGCUGUGUAUUUAAAUAGUCGUGGGUGCGUGUGUGUCGUGUGUUUCCUAUUAAAUGCCAUUUCAAUGUGUUUGUUUUUUUUUUAAUAUACAAUGCAUUAUUUAUUUUACGGAAUGGGUCUUCUCGUUGAUUUCUUGUACUUGUAACGACUGGUUUUGUAUAAUGAAAUAAAAACUUUAAAAAACAAA